CCUCUACAGAGCCGUCAUGCAGGAGAACUAUGAGAAUGUGACCUCGCUGGCAGGGUUUCCAGUUUCUAAACUUGAUGUCCUCUCCCAGCUGGAAAAAGGGGAAGAGUUCUUUUCCACAGAUCUCCAGGACUCAGAGGAAAGAAAGCUCCUGAGAGGCAGCUAUACAGCAGGUGAGGGGAUGGUGAGAGAGACCAUGGAGCAGAAUCCUCAGCAGGAAGACGAUGAAGUGGAACCACAAGGGUCUUUAUUGCAAAGAUGCAGAGGGAGUGUGUCCAGGAGUUGUGAUCAGGGAAAAGCCUGUGAGAGUCAGCACAGGCCCGAGAAGCAGCAGGGAAACCAGCCAAUGCAGAAAGUUGGUAAAUCUGUUAAUUAUCAGGGAACUCACAAAGGCCACGAGGAAACCACGGCCCAGCAGAGAAUCCCCAUGGGAGAGAGAAAUAACAUAUGUGUUGAGUGUGGGGAAAAGUUCAGUAGGCAAUCACACCUUGUUAAACAUGAGAGAAUCCAUAAAGGGGAGAAACCCUAUGAAUGCAGAGAGUGUGGGAAAACCUUCCCUCAGAGCUCAGCCCUUAUUAGUCAUCAGAGGAUCCACACUGGGGACAAACCCUAUGAAUGUUGUGAGUGCAGGAAAACCUUCCUUCGGCGCUCUGACCUUAUUAGACAUCAGAGGAUCCACACAGGUGAGAAACCCUAUGAAUGCAGUGAGUGCGGGAAAACCUUCACUGAGCGCGCAAGCCUUAUUAAACAUCAGAGGAUCCACACAGGGGAGAAACCCUAUGAAUGUUGUGAGUGCAGGAAAACUUUCUCUCGGAGCUCAGCCCUUAUUUACCAUCAGAGAAUCCACACAGGGGAGAAACCCUAUGAAUGCCACGAAUGUGGGAAAAGCUUCACUACCAGCUCAAACCUUGUUACACAUCAAAGGAUCCACACAGGGGAGAAACCCUAUGAAUGCUGUGAGUGUGGGAAAACCUUUGCUUGGAGCUCAGCCUUUAUUAAGCAUCAGAGGAUACAUACAGGGGAGAAACCCUAUGAAUGCUGUGACUGUAGGAAAACUUUCACUGAGCGCUCAACCCUUAUUAAGCAUCAGAGGAUCCAUACAGGGGAAAGGCCCUAUGAAUGCAGAGAGUGUGGGAAAACCUUCCCUCAGCGCUCAGCCCUUACUAGCCAUCAGAGGAUCCACACUGGGGACAAACCAUAUGAAUGUUGUGAGUGCAGGAAAACCUUCCUUUGGCACUCUCACCUUAUUAAACAUCAGAGGAUCCACACAGGGGAGAAACCGUAUGAAUGCUGUGAGUGCAGGAAAAUCUUCCUUCGGCACUCAACCCUUAUUAAACAUCAGAGGAUCCACUCAGGGGAGAAACCCUAUGAAUGUUGUGAGUGUGGGAAAACUUUCUCUCGGAGCUCAGCCUUUAUUUACCAUCAGAGAAUCCAUACAGGGGAGAAACCCUAUGAAUGCUUUGACUGUGGGAAAAGCUUCACUGCCAGGUCAAACCUUGUUACACAUCAAAGGAUCCACACAGGGGAGAAACCCUAUGAAUGCUGUGAGUGCGGGAAAACCUUCGCUCGGAGCUCAGCCUUAAUUAACCAUCAGAGGAUCCAUACAGGGGAGAAACCCUAUGAAUGCUGUGACUGUGGAAAGAAAUUCACUGAGCGUUCAACCCUUAUUACCCAUCAGAGGAUCCAUACAGGGGAAAGGCCCUAUGAAUGCUGUGAGUGUGGGAAAACCUUCCCUCAGCGCUCAGCCCUUAUUAGCCAUCAGAGGAUCCACACUGAGGACAAACCAUAUGAAUGUUGUGAGUGCAGGAAAACCUUCCCUCAGAGCUCAGCCCUUAUUAGACAUCAGAAGAUCCACACAGGUGAGCAACCCUAUGAAUGUAGUGAGUGUGGGAAAACCUUUGCUCGGCGCUCACACCUUAUUAAACAUCAGAGGAUCCAUGCAGGUGAGAGAUCCUAUGAAUGCUCCAAGUGUGGGAAAUUUUUCCAUCAGAGCUCAGCCUUUGUUUAUCAUCAGAGAAGCUGCAAGGGAGAUAAAAACCAUAAAAACCUUGUCUAGAGCUAAGGAAAGAUUUUGUUUUCCUUUUGCUAAUUCCCACAUAGUGAGCUUAAAAGAAGCUUUGUGUCCCCAUGGGCUUUCAGUUCCCCCAGCUGAGUUAUCUGCUUUUCCCUUUUGUAGCUCAUCCUCUCUUGGGGGGA